ACAUGAGAGUCAGCUGACAUGCAUCACACUUGAGAGUUGAGAUCUAAACGGGUCAGCUGAUCAUUACUGUCCACAUACAGUAAAAAAUGCAGCUGUAUAUUGUCGCACUGGGAAUUCUAUUCAGUUAUAUCCAAGUUGUUGAGCCUCAACAUGGACAAACAGUAAAGCAUGUUCACAUGAUCUUCAUGAACCAUCUAGAUGUUGGAUAUGAUGGUCUCCUUCCUAAAGAGAUUGGCUUCAUCAACAACAUUCUAAAUAAGUAUUUCAAUGAGUACUUUCCCCGUGCUAUCAAAGUAGCUACACAACUGAUGGGUCUGGGGUACUAUGAGAAGUUAAUCUACACCACACACCCCUGGCUGGUCAGUCUAUAUAUGGACUGUCCACAAUACCUCACACUGGCCAAUAUACAGCUCCAGUGUCCUAAUGCAACAAUGAAGGAGAUGUUCAUAAACGCAGUCAAAAGUGGGAUCAUCACUUGGCAUGCUGGCCCAAUGAACAUGCAGUUUGAGACAUUAGAACCAUCAAUAGUUAAGUUUGGCCUACAGCUAAGUACAGACUUAGACAGACGAUUUAACAUUACCAGAAAACAUCGCACCCUCAGUCAAAGAGAUGUUCCAGGCAUGAGUCAGGCCCUGAUUCCCCUAUUUGAAGAGAUGGGUGUAGAGGCUGUCAGUGUUGGCGUCAACACAGUUACCUCCCCUCCUGCUGUUCCACCUAUUUUCCGUUGGACCUUUAAAAACUCAAGUGUCAUUGGCUUGUGGCACCCAGGGGGAUAUCCUGAGGUUCCAGGUCCAUUUCCUUUUUCGCCUGGAGGACUGUCUCGACAUGAUUGUGCUACAUUCCCAGACUUUGACCAUGCCUUGUGUUUCGGAUUCAGAACAGAUAACAGUGGACCACCCAUGGACAUAACUGAAGUUUUAAGAUUCUAUGAGAUUGCAAGAUCACAGUUUCCAGGAGCCGAUGUACAAGCAUCUACAUUUGAAGAUUUUGUUGCUAGCUUGGAACCAAUCAAAUCUAAACUUCCAGUGGUUACUAAGGAACUGGGGGACACCUGGAUACAGGGAUCAGCUUCUGAUCCACGAAAAGUCGCUGAGAUGAGAGCCUUAAUGAGAGUGAGGGCUUCAUGUCUAGAAAACAGAGCUUGUUCUCUCACUGAUGACCGAUUCUAUAACUCCAGUCGUUUCCUCCUCAAGCUUGGAGAACACACCUGGGGACUUGAUAGUGUGUUUGACCGCAUUCAUUGGACAAAUGACGAGUUCUAUAAAAUGCUGGAUAAUGGAACCCAGAACUUUGUGAAUGGAGUGCUGUCUUGGCAGGAACAGAGAGCAUUCUCCUACAUCGGUGUUGAUGCCUUAGGGGACCAUCCCAUUGCCAAAAACAUGCAAGCUGAGCUUGCACAGAUCCCUGCUACUAAACCAAGCAUUAAUGACUAUGAUGUGGUCGCCUCUAUGCUAGACCUUCAUAGUUGUCCUAAUGGAUUCCAGUUCCAGUUUGAUAAAGAGGGAGCUAUGACUCGACUCUAUUUACCAGGAAGUUAUGAAGAAUCCUGGGCUUCUACUUCCCAUCCCUUGGGCAAGUUUAUCUACCAGACUCUGAACCAGUCAGACUUUGACUACUUCAACCAGAAUUACCCUUAUAACAAGAAAUUUGACCUUGGUAUUGGAAAAUUCAACAUUUCCGAGAAUGCCAAUCCUUCAAGUCAGCAGUGGGAAGUUAGCCUUAAGCAAUUAUAUAAAUCCAAAAGUAACCUUUGUGAGUACAUGCUAUGCCUAGAGAUGAAAGAUACAGUUACCCUACAGCAGUAUGGAGCACCAGCUAUUAUAUUCAUUAAAUAUGAUGCAACAGUCUCCAGGACUAACAUUCCAGCUGUUAGUGUAGAACUGCAGUGGUUCCAGAAGCCUCCAACAAGAAUGCCUGAAGCUUAUUAUCUGUCAUUUGAGCCACCACCGAAACAGAAUCACCAUUGGAGGUUACAUAAGCUGGGACAGAUGAUCGACCCGCUCAACGUAAUACAGAAUGGCAGCCAGAGACUUCACGUGGUCAAUAAAGGGGUGUACUACCUUGACGAUCGAUCCUGUGGUAUGGAGAUCCUGUCGCGCGACGUCGGGCUGGUGAAUGUGUUGACGUCAGAGGAUUACGUCAGUACGCUGCCACUACCGCUGUCACCUAUCACUGAUGUCACAGGAAUGGCGUUCAAUCUCUACAACAAUAUAUGGGAUGUCAACUACAUCUUUUGGUAUCCUUAUCAAAUGUCCGACACUGACUCCAAGUUUAGAUUUACUCUGAACUUCCAUCAAUGAUGAUAUAUACUAGUACAAAAGACUGAGUGAAAAUGCUGUGAAAUGUUGCAUUCUUUUGGAUACGGGUGAAGUUUGAUAGAUUUAUCCUUGGAUGUUAUAGUUAAAGUAACUGAAUAACAAGUGGCAAUGUUGUUCUGUAAGUGAAAUCCAUCGCUGGAUAUAAUCUUGAUAAAGUUUGAUAAUUUGAUCUGAAUCAAAACAACCAAAGAAUGAGCAAGAGUAUUUUGGUGAGAUAUACCAUUAAAAUCUUGUUAUCUCAAACUCUUUUAACUCAAAGACUCUAUAAUUCGAAGUAUUUUGUUAGUCUUGACCAAAUUUCGCACAAAACAUUUUAAUUUAUUUAAAUCAAAUAUUCGUUCCGCAGUCUCGCUGAGUUUGAGAUAAAGAGGUUUGACUGUAAUAAUGUUUAGAUUGGCCAUUAAAUGUUUAGAAACCACAAUCUUAAUUAAGUGUGAUAGACUGAAAUUGUUUAUGAAUUGUUCAAAACAAAAAAAAAAAACCCAGUUUUUUUAAUAUCACUGCCUAUAACUGGUAUAGAAAACACCAUUCACAACCCAUUGUGUUUGUUCUGUAUUAGAAUAACACUGUGAAACAUGUAUAUACUGUCAUGGUGUGGGUGGAGUGAACUCAAGACUUAUACGUUAGAUCAUUAAUUAUAAUUUUAUAUCCAUUGUCAUGUGUAAUACAUUCAGCAUAACUUACUGAUUAUUGAUACUUAAAUGGAUAUAUAUUCAUGAUGUACAGUAACAUAUGUGUGUGUUUGAAAAAGUGCUUGUUGUUUACAAGGUAUCAAGAUAGACUAUGAAAAUGUCUCAAACAGAUCAAUUUAUUGUUUAUAUUACAGCUAGGUAUAAAGAAAAGAACAUUAAUGUGAUAUUUGGUGGAAGAUCAAAUUAACACAUUUUAUGAUUAAUCAGAAAUCAAAUAAUAUUUAAAUAUUUGAGAUUUUUGAAACAUCAACAAUGUUAAGCAAGCUUAUCUCUUUUCUAUCAAAAGAUACUCUCUACUGUUUAUAAGAAAUUAUAAAAAGAAAAAGUACACAAGAUAAAUGUACACAUUGUAGAAAUUGUGAUUACAAGUUACACAUUCUGUAUUAUGAGUAUGUUUUGUGACGUGUGAAGUUUUUGUUCCACAAUUUCUCUAUCAUAUCAACUCAAAAGGUCUGGUUUUUCUUCAUGACAUUUCUGAUCAAUGUUUUUUUUUUUUUUUUAACUUUUAACUUUUAACUUUUGACUUCUCCUCAAUUGAUCUGAACUUUUUCCUUUUUUUUUUAAACAACAGAAUCUACAUCUCUUUACUACUUACAUUUGAUAUUUGUUUUGACUUUUUUAUGUUUAUCCUUAAUCAAUUAGUGAAGUGUAACUAUCAUUUACAUAAUAUUUAUAAGUGAUUUUGUUAUUUUGAUGUCAUAUUGAAGUUUUUUUAGUAAUCAUACCCCUAAAUGAGUCGAUUGUGUAUACAGUUAUGACUUUGUCAGUGCAUCCAUGUAUACAAAGAUCGUGACUACAAGAUAUUCCAUGCACCUUGAUAAGUUUUAUUAGUUUACAUACUCGCACCACAGCAUCACACCAUGAAACUUUACAUAUUAUUAGAUUUGCCAUCUGUCAAGGUCGAAGUAACAGGUCAACCUUGAAAAUUUUCAAAAGAAAAAGCUGGUGUACAAGAUAUAUCCUAAACAGUUGAAAAUGAUAAUAUAAAGGUAAUUUGGAGAGGGUGUUAAUAUAUGUACAGAGUUGAGCUUUAUUGUAAAAUGAUUUUAAAAUAAGAAACAAGAAACAGGUAGAGCCAACACUGGGUAAGCUAGAAAUGGUGGAUAAUGGGUUCCUUUGUCUCUCUGUCUGGAUACCCGAAAGUAUGCAGGGUGAUUGAAGGUGUAUUGAUGAUUUUAAAAUGUUUCAAGAAUUGUUCUAUAUUCUUGGUAAUUAUAGUCUACUUGGCUUACAUUCAUGUAUAUAUGAAGGUAAAUUCAUACCUUUGCAUUUAUUUAACUACAAGAAAUUUUGUAAAUCCUUAUAUCAUUACAAAAUGGAUUCAACAUUCCCCGAAGAUAUUUUUUCUGUAAGAAUUAAUCACGGUAUUGAUAUAUUGCUGAUUGCUAAAGUACCACACAUUUUCUCAUAUUAUCUAAUAGAAUUGUUACAGAUUUUAAAAAGUUGAAUAUUCACUGCAUAUUAAAAACAUAAUAAAGACUGGCUGAAAUAUGUUAUUUUUUAAAUUCAAUAGCAGCUGCCGAAUGUUUUAAGAGGAAUUGUUGGUGAUUAUGGUUUAUAUGAACAAUUCUAUGUGACGGAGACAUAACGGUAAGAGAAGUUACCAUCCAGCAAUAUUGUACUCUUGAAGAGCUUGGCAAGGGCUCCAAAAUACAGCAGUGAGGACUAAAGAAUAAAACAUUUGCACAUAAUUAAUGGAUACCAUAUAUAUCUUGUCUUUAGGUAUAAUUGAUCACAGUACACUUCUACAUGGCUGACUCCUUCUCUUUUAAAUUUCAGUAGAAAGUCCAUGUUUCAAACUCCAACCUCAUUUGCUGUCAACAGAGAAUUUUAAGAACGAUUUCCAUAUUUUUUUAAACUGUCCUGUUCUGUUUCUGCUUUGAGAAAUCUUGGUCAUUAUUCUAGGUCACAGUGGAUCACUCAUAUUGAAAUAUUUGUAAA